UAUACAAAAGAGCUGAACCCACUAAUCGCUCUUGUAACAUAGUGGAGCACAGCCAAGUUUUUAUCCUCUUUAGAUGGGAAAAACUUAUUUCAGAUGUCGCAAGACUUCCCCGCAAGCAAUGAAAUCAAUAGUUGUAGGCAUCUAUUAAUUGAAGGAAAAAUGUUUUCAUCACAUGAUAAAUACAGUGACAUUCCACUGUCUGUAACUAUGUUCGGUCUGUCAAUUUGCCUGCUUGUUAUUCUUGGCACAGUCAGUUUAGUACCCAGGGUUUCAUGUGAUUUCAUUAUACAUGCGUUUUUCGGAAUUUGCGCGUCUUGAAUUGUGAAUUGUUUUUGAUUGUAAAAUCUUACUCAGGUUGACUG